GCGGCUCCUCGGCGGGUGGCGGUGGUGGCCUUAGCGGUUCCUCCCGGCCCUGUUAAUGCCAGGGCCAAGCCCGGGGAGGAUGGCGCCCUAGAGCCCGACCUUGCUGGGGUAGGGGCGGGAGGGGGCCGGGGCGGGGACCGGCCAUGUCGGAGGUGACCCGGAGUCUGCUGCAGCGCUGGGGCGCCAGUCUUAGGAGAGGCGCCGACUUCGACUCUUGGGGCCAGCUGGUGGAGGCGAUAGACGAGUAUCAGAUAUUAGCAAGACAUCUACAGAAGGAGGCCCAAGCUCAACACAAUAAUUCUGAAUUCACUGAAGAGCAAAAGAGAACCAUAGGCAAAAUCGCCACAUGUUUAGAAUUGCGAAGUGCAGCGUUACAGUCCACACAGUCCCAAGAAGAAUUUAAACUGGAGGACCUGAAGAAGCUAGAACCAAUCCUGAAGAAUAUCCUUACAUAUAAUAAAGAAUUCCCAUUUGAUGUUCAGCCUAUUCCAUUAAGACGAAUUUUAGCACCUGGUGAAGAAGAGAAUUUGGAAUUUGAAGAAGAUGAAGAAGGUGGUGCUGGAGCAGGCCCUCCUGAUUCUUUUUCUGCUAGAGUUCCUGGUACUUUAUUGCCCCGAUUGCCCUCAGAACCAGGGAUGACGUUACUCACCAUCAGAAUUGAGAGAAUCGGUCUGAAAGAUGCUGGGCAGUGCAUCGAUCCCUACAUUACAGUCAGCGUGAAGGAUUUGAAUGGGAUAGAUUUAACUCCUGUGCAAGAUACUCCUGUGGCUUCAAGAAAAGAAGAUACAUAUAUUCAUUUUAAUGUGGACAUUGAGCUCCAGAAACACGUUGAAAAAUUAACCAAAGGUGCGGCCAUCUUCUUUGAGUUCAAACAUUACAAGCCUAAAAAGAGGUUUACCAGCACCAAGUGUUUUGCCUUCAUGGAGAUGGAUGAAAUUAAACCUGGGCCAAUUGUAAUAGAAUUAUACAAGAAACCCACUGACUUUAAAAGAAAAAAAUUACAGUUAUUGACCAAGAAACCACUUUAUCUUCAUCUACAUCAAACUUUGCACAAGGAAUGAUCCUGAUACAAAUAACCUGGAACUUGUGUGAAUUUUACCACUCCGAAACCAUCAUAGCUCCGUGUAGCAAUUCACUCUUCACAGGCAGGAAUUGAGCCCUACCCAUGCCAGCUGGCCCACAAGUCCAUUGCAAAGCCGGACAAAGCCGGACCCCCAAACUCAAAAGUUCAGCACAUCAGUGACCUAUCCUUUGGAUACAGGUUUAUUGUAGAUUUUGAAACAUUUUUACCUUUCUAUUAAUUGUGCAAUUGAUCCUCUAUUUUCUCAUCACCACUACUUGCCCCUGCUUCCCAGACAGUACUGUUGUGGUCGAUGUGCUGAACUUCAGACAAUGCAGCAAUAAGAAUGUGCUAGAGUUUACAUUUCUGCUCGCUUUCCCUCCAGUAUGCUCUUCUGGCUUGAAUGUGACACUCUGGGUUGAGGUGGGUAGAAUUGCUCUGAGAGGAAUUGGGCUAGCUACAUUGCCCAGGAAGGUCUGUCUGGAAGCUUAUAGGUACUCUUUAGAAGUGGCCUAGCCGAAUGCCAUAGAUCUCCUGCAUGGAAAGUGUGCCCUGGCCAGAUGAAAAUCCCACGUGGGGUGUUCCCCAGAUGACCAGACUGUUUUCCUGAAGUGAGCACAUGUACAGUCAGGUGGAUUAUCUGCUCUGCUGCUCUUCUUCCUGAUAGAUUCUAGGGUUAACGUUGGAGCCAUCUCAGAACAACUCCAGGUCUUUAAUGUGUUUACAAUAUCUUUUAAACUGCAUCAUUUAGGAAGAGUUGGGUCAGAUGUUAAGAUACUGCGGAUAACUGCUGCUUUCCUGACAACCCAUUGUGAGACCUUAAGACCGCAUACCUCUCCUUAGUAUGCAAAAUCUGGAAAGAUAGUUUAUUUUUUUUAAUAUAGGUAGAUAUAAUUGCCAUUUAUUUCCUACUUAGAUAUACAGUCAUUCAUUCCUUUUGAAAAUAUGCAGGUCAUUAGUUUAUUUUAAAUUGACUAUAUACUUUUGAUGUAACGAGGCAUAAAUAAGAUUUUCAGAGCACAUGAUGUUGUUACACAGAACAUUAAGAUUUGUGAGGGGCUUCUGUGGGUGAGACAUAGAACCCACAUAUUUUAAUAUUCACUUUUCAGUGCGCAGUGCAUAAGGAGACUGCACUGUCAACACUGGACCUGUUUUUAAAUUGUAUAAUUCCACCACACCAUUCAAUAUAUUUGCUUCUUCAAGUAAGGAAUCUCAGUGAUAUUUUAGCCUUGCCCUUCAAGAAAUCUAGUCUUCGCUUUCAGCACCUACACGGCCACAGUUGACUAGAUGGAUGAAAAGAAUCCACAACCAAAUUAAUCUUGAUUGGAUUAAUUCCAAAUGCUGAAACAAUCCCGUCUACAGUAGCUCUAAGGGAUGUAGAAUUUGCCUUAACUCAUUAUCCGACUCUUAAGCUUUGAGUUGUGGAUCCCACGACUGUAAGCUCCUCACGGGGCAAGAGCCACAUCUCUGGGACAUGUGAAGGGUCUAAGGUGCUUGGCGGUACUCUGUACCUGUGGAUUACUCGGUAUCCUGGGCAGUACUCUGUACCAGGGGAGUACUCAGUACCCUGGGCAGUACUCUAUACCUGGGGAGUAAUCAGUACCCUGGGGAGUACUCAGCACCCUGGGCAGUACUCUGUACCAGGGGAGUACUCAGUACCCUGGGCAGUACUCUGUACCUGGGGAGUACUCAGUACCCGAGGUAGUACUCUGUACCCUGUGUCAGUACUGUGUACCGUGGAUAGUACUCAGUACCUUCUGUCUGAUGUUACUGACUAGAUCUAAAAAUUAACCCCAUAAAACCUACUAUUAUUAAAAUGUAGCAAAGACUA